UCUAUUUUUUCCGUAUUUUAAAAUCUGAAUUCUCCAAACUAGCUCACUUACUUUUAACUGGUGUUGAAACGUUUUUACUUUCUGCCACAAUAUCAAUUUACACAAAUUCAGUAACUAGAAAUAUUUUGUUCAUCUAUUAGCCACCAAUUCAUGAACUUGUUUCUGCAAAAUUUUGCCGAAUAUUUUGAAGCCAAAUACAAUCAAAAAUCAUUGUUCAGUCUUACGAUAUUUGAAUAUAUUCAAAAGAAUGAGGCAUCCUGUCCAAUCGUUCCACUUUGCCUCAUUCAAUAUGGCGGCUCUUUUGACGUACAAUCAGCGCUGAAUGCAGCGCGGGAGCAACGGUAGCUUCUCGUUGCCACGGAAACCAGUUGUUUAUUUUCUGAUUCGGGUCAGACUACGCACAUUUCACUUUUGAACACACGUUAAAUAGAAACUGGACAUUUGUUUUGAACAAUGACAACGCAAUGGUGUACUAAUGUUAUUGAUUUUCAAAAUAAAGUCACAUCACGAUGCUACACGGGAGUCCAAAUUUAGCAAGUUAUUCUCCUUCGAAACUGGCGCAUCACGACGACGACGAGCAGCACGACGAUGGUUUAUUUGAACUGCCUUCGUUCUUUGUUUUAACUUUUCAGAGAUAUGAAGGUGAAACAAGAGAUGGGCUCUUCCAUGGGAGAGGGACUGCCAAGUUUAAAGGCGGUCAUUCUUAUAAGGGUAUGUUCUUUAUGGGAGUCAUGCAAGGAACCGGGGUCUUCACAUGGGCUGACAAAGUGACAUAUGAGAUGCGUUACAUUUCUCGGCAACAGGGAGAGUUCGUUCACAACAUGCCGAUGGGCCAAGGCAAGUACAUUUGGUCAGACGGCAGCUCUUAUGAAGGAGACGUGUGCAAUGGCGUCAGGCAUGGCAACGGAACCUACAAAAGCGGCAAUGCCACCUACAAAGGUCAAUGGAAUCACAGCAAGCGGCACGGAAAGGGCACUGUGUAUUAUAACCAGGAGGAGACUUCUUGGUACAAAGGCAACUGGGUGUUGAAUAAAAGAGAGGGUUGGGGAAUAAGGCGCUACCCUUCUGGUAACAUUUAUUUUGGCGAGUGGAAGCAUAACUUGAGGAAUGGCGAUGGCACCAUGAGAUGGCUAAAUCAGGGACAGGUCUACAUUGGUAACUGGCAUGAUGGAGUCCAGCAAGGCCACGGUACACACGUGUGGCUCAUGAAACGGACUGAACCCGGAGCUGAAUUUCGUCCCAGUAAUCAGUACACGGGGAAUUUUUUCCAUGGUUACAGACACGGACCGGGCAUCUUUUACUAUGCUGGCGGUGCCACCUAUGAGGGUGGAUGGCAAGACAAUAAAAAACACGGGAAGGGAAAAGUUACUCUCAAGGACGGCUAUGUUUUCCAAGGACAAUUCCUUAAUGACAAGAUGGUGACCCCCAUUAUGACAGCAAACCAGGCCCCAGUCCUAUUUGGUACGGACGAAUCUUCUCUUGGACCAGACAUGACCGUCAACGUAGAUUCUAUUUUGGAGAAAAUACCUCAGAGAAACCGAGAUAUUGAGCACAAACAGGUGAGGUUUGUUCUGCUGAGGCACAAGACGGAGCUGAGGUCCAUCUAUCGUUUCUACAGCCGACUCGGCCAACCUCAGAUUCCCGGCGGCGCCUUCCUGCUGUCCCGCAUGCAGCUGUGGCGCCUGCUCAAAGACUGUUACAUCCACCAUCACGGCGUCUCCUUGGCGGAGCUUGACCUUUUCAUACGGGAUAACCCAGACCCAGCGGAGGUUCACUCCCCCUUUACUCCCAUCAUGCUCAGUCGGUUCCUCAGUUGCCUCCUAAUCAUCGCCUACCACAUCUACCACGACGACAUGGAGUCAUCAAAUCACCUUCUGGCUGCGUGUUUCGCUAAACUAUUGAUUGAUGAUAUAUUUCCGAAUGCCAAGAAUGUAAAAGGUUUCCUUUUUAAGCCACCAGAGCGCACAAUUGUGGCCGUGGACUUCCUCGUGAAAUGCUGGAAGGUAUACCGGGCCUACUGCAGGGUCAACAAAGCACCCAGGGAUGACAGCACCAUGACAAAUCGCCACAUACUGUGGCUGUAUCAGGAUCUCCAUCUUUAUGACAACGAUUUGACCAUCGUGAGGGUCAUCGAUAUCAUCUGCGCAGAGACCCUGGAUCCCGGCAACCGGUCCGCCUGCAUGGAACAUGAGAUUACGUUCCUGGAAUUUUUUGAGGUGCUUCUUGGCUGCGGCGAGGUGAAGUGUCAGCAGAUGACGGGUCCUUAUCCCAAGAUAGGACCGUCUCGAUCAUCCUCAGCGCUAGCACGUCAGUGGCAACAAACGCUGGCCCAAGACCGCGAACUGGAUGCUUGGAGUCAUAAGAUCCACCACUUCUUCAAACGCAUUUUCUUCCCCGCCGUCGACCUUCUGCGCUUAUUCUGACGCUCC